AUGGUUCAGCCUCAGGGUGAGCGGCAGCCUUUUCAAGUUGCAGCAGUCAUUCUGUUCUAUAUCGGGGCAGCUCUGGUCGUGAGCGUUUGCAUGGUCUUUGUAAACAAAGCCGUACUCAAUGCUACACCUACCCUCCCGAUGUCUUUCUUGUUCAUCCAACUUGUUCUAGCCGUUCUUUUGCUCCACCUGGUCUCUUUCGUUUCCUCCGCUGCCCGACUCCAACGCAUUUUGCCUUUUAAAAUAAGGCUACCGGUUUUGGAUGGUCAAACAGCUAUCAAGCUCUUACCAUUCGUGACCGUUGGUGUUGCUGGCCUUUCUUUUAACACCCUAUGUCUUGCAACUGUCGAUGCUUCCUUCUUUCAAAUAGCUCGGGGCCUCCUCCUGCCCAUGACUGUUGUCCUGUCAUCUGUGGCAACGCGCACACUUCCAAAGACGGCCGUCGUUUCUUCAGUACUUGUCGUCACUCUUGGUUUUUUCCUUGGUCUUCACCCUUCCUCCUACAUCACCUCUAGCGUCAUUGAAAACCCCCCGCUUUUGCCCAUAUUAUACGGCGUUCUUUCCUCCGUCAUGCUCGCUCUUCAUGCAGUGCUAACCAAGUCUGCCCACGCCCAUGUCGGGAAUGAUAAUUCUGUCAUCAAGCUGAUGUAUUAUGGCAACCUCAUGUCAGCUGUUUUUAUCGUGCCGUUCAUUUUUUGGAACGGAGAAGCUGGCCCCUUGAUGACACUCUGGAAGGUAGGUGGACACGACUGCAGGGUGUUUGCGAUAGGCACCUGUGUUACCGGUUUCUUUGGGUUCUUACUUGGGGUGGCGAACUUGUUAUCGAUCAAAGUGACAAGCCCGGUAACACAUAUGUUCUCUUCCGCGGCGAAGAGCGUUCUGCAAUCAAUCCUCGGCAGCUAUCUAUUUGGUGACAUUAUCACCUCACACCGUGCCGCUUCGAUCGCUGUCAUUACUUUUGGAACCCUGCUCUAUACUUGGAAUCAAUCCAACCACCAGCGCUCACGUAGCAAAGAUGAAACAAAGCCCCACACCGCACCCAAUACAGAUCUAGAAGGGGGGAAGGCAACAGAUGGAUUAUAAUGUGCGUAGAUUGUUGCAGUGCGGUAACAAGUUCGACAUAAAAUAGUGGUGGGGGGUUCCGAAUAACGCUCAGCGUUUCGGUGGGGGUACUCUAGUGGCUUCCCAUCCUCCUCGAAUAGCAGCCAAAGCCGAUACGAAAGAAAGGAAGUUGGUCCAAAACUGAUAACCUUGGUUCUUAGUAUUCUGAUAAAUCACAAACGGAUCGGCCUCACCUCAUUCUUAUACAAUCCGCCAAUCAUCGACCUUGUGAUGAGAAGAUGUCAGGACGCAGCACGAUAGACCCUCCAAUCAUGACAUACCAAUGAAGGAUAACAGGCAGCCGAGAGACAUUAGCCACCAUCUGGUAUGCGAUAGCCUGCUUCCGCUUCCGAACGGCCAUCGGGUCAGCAUCACUCUCUCCACGACUCAAGGCUCGGCCAGUCUUCACCAGUUCCCUCCAUUCUCCAAUUAAAAGGGCAACUUGUAGAACCACAUAGGUCCCCCAUGCCCGAACACUCCAGAUGGAGGCUUUGAGGGAGUCGUUGGGCGAAACUCCUUUCAGAACAGGGGCCAACGGUGAGGAGAAAAAGGAAAUAUACUCGAGAGGAUAAAAUAUUAGCAUGGAUAAUCCUUGGAACCGCUCGAGGUUAAGCUUGGUGCGAGACGCAGGUCGCGAACGUUCAAGGGCCGAUAAGCCCUUGAUAAUGGCGAGGAUACCUGAUGAAGUGUGUUAUCUCGUUAUUGAAUGGGGCGCGACAGAUAUAUAGGACGCGAACCCCAGAAUCCAGACACGCGUCGCGCAAUGCCCAAGUGAGUUGCGAACUUGGAAAGACCUUCGCUCGAAGGAGACAGGGGCUUUGCGCGCUUUCCAGCGCGAAAUUGAAUUUCCGCGCGGGCCUGGAUCAGGGGUGCAAGGACUUUGACACCAUAUUGCGCCAGCUACAGCAUUAUCAUAUCGAAGGAUGAACGCGCGUCCUAGAGAAAGGAUGAAUGGAAUGUACCAUUAAGAGUUUACUGCAGGUGUUCGUCAGUGAGAGGAGUGAUAUGGGGGUAAACUGAGUGACUAACUCGCUUCCAGACCAUGUACUGAAGUACCUCACGGCAUGGUCAAGACGUUGACAAGG